AUGAAUACAUUUAAAUUUAUAAAUAAAAAAAAUGAUCAGCGAGUUCAAAAGUAUUUUUAUAAAUGUAACUUAAAUCAUAGAAUAACAAAAAUAAUAAGAGAAGUUUAUUUAAGGAACGAUAUAAGUUGCGGUAUAGAAAAAUGUAAUAUUUGCGAGAAUAAAAAAAAAAAGUUAUUAGAUGGAGAAAGAGAUAUAUUAAUAUUAGAUAUGAAUACAAUAAUAAAAUAUAUGGAUUUUUUAUACGAUUGCAAUAUUGACAACAUAUUAAUACCAAUAACAAUAUAUGAACAUAUAAGAGCAUUUAAUAAAAUAUUAUAUAACAAAUUACAUGAAUUAUGUUAUGAAAUUGAUGAAUGUUCUCCUAACUGUAAUAAGAGAUAUAGUGUUUUUGUAAAUAAAUUUUGUAAAUUCACUUAUGUAGAUAACAAAGAUGAAAGUAUAGAACAAAUUCAAGGAAUAAUUAAGAUAGUUAUAUGGCUAAAGCAUCAUAAUUCAAAUUUAAAUAUUAUAGUUAUAACUAAUAAUAAGUUUUUAAAAGAAGACUGUAUGAAAAAUGAUAUUUCUUGUUUUACAUUAUUUAAAUAUGUAAGACAGUUAAAAAGAAAUAUAAAAGAGGAUUAUUUUAAAAUGGAUAUAUUAAAAAUGUAUUUUGAAGAGGAUAUGAUAAAUGAAAAUAAUAAGGAAAACAUUAUAGAAGAAUAUGAAAGUGUAAAUAAAGAUAAUAUACCAUCUAAUAAAAAACCUUUAUUUGAUCCUUACUUAAAUAAAACAGAAAUUAUUCAAAAAUUAAGAGAGAAAAAAAUAAUUAAAGGUAUUUUUAAUGUUAUUUGCGUUAAUAAAUUAGCAGUAGUAAAAUAUUCAGAUUUAGAUGAAAUUGUUAUAAGAGGAGCUAAAAACAUGAAUAGAGCUAUACAAAAUGAUAUUGUUGCCGUUGAAAUUGUACAUGAAGAAAAUGAAGAAACAGAAGAAGAGGAUUAUUUUGAGGAGUUAAUUAGUCCUGAAGAAGAGGAGGAAGAAGAGGAAAAUGAUACAUUAAUGAAUGAAAAAAAGAAAAAAUUAUCAAAUAAAGAAAAUAAAAAAAAUAAAAAAAAUAACGAAAGCAAAAAGGAUGAACAAAUAAAUGAAGAAAAAAAAGAAAUAAAAGAAUUAAAUGAUAAAAAAAAACUAUAUGGAAAAGUUGUUGGGAUAAUUAGUAGAGGUAGAAAAGAAUAUGGAGGUAUUGUCAAAGAGUAUUCUAAGGAUAAAAAUAUUCAUAUAAAAAAAUUAAGAUUUUUUAAAGCUUUUAAUAAUAAAAUACCAUUUAUAAUAAUAAAAACAAGUUUAACAGAAGAAUUACGCAACAAAAGAGUAAUUGCUGUUAUUGAUAAAUGGGAUAUUUACUCGAAGUACCCAAUAGGAAGAUGUCUAAGUGUUUUGGGUAAUUGUGACGAUAUCGAAACAGAGACACAAUUAAUUUAUAAUGAAUACAACAUUUCGAAUAAAGAAUUUAGUGAAAGUGCAUAUAAAUGUUUGCCACCAAGCCAAUGGCAAAUACCUGAAGAAGAAUUUCAUAAAAGGAAAGAUUUUAGAAAUGUAUUAACUUUUAGUAUUGAUCCCCCUGGUUGUCAAGAUAUAGAUGAUGCUUUAUCACUUGAAAUUUCAGAUGAUAAAACAUUUAUUAAAGUUGGUAUUCACAUAGCAGAUGUCUCAUACUUUGUUAAACAAAAUAGUCCGCUUGAUAUUGAAGCAUCAAAAAGAUGUACAACUGUCUAUUUAAUUAAUCAAAGAGUUGAUAUGUUGCCAAAAUUAUUAACAACGAAUCUAUGCUCAUUAGUUGAAAAUCAAGAUAGAUUAACUUAUAGCUGCAUUUUUUGCUUUGAUGAUAAUUAUAAUAUAGUUGAUGUUAGUGUUUCUAAGUGCAUUAUAAAAAGUAAUAAAUCUUUUACCUAUGAAGAAGCACAAAAUGUGAUCAAUGACAAAAAUGAUAAUAGCAAAAUUGCAGAAGCGCUAAGAUUAUUAAAUAGUAUUGCAAAACAUUUAAAAAAACAGUGGAUAGAUCAAGGUGCAUUAGAAUUAAGAGGAAGUACAGAAGUUAUGUUUGAAUUUGAAGCGAACGAUUUUUCUAAAACAAAAAACCUAAAACCUUAUGUUUCCUAUGAUACAAAUAAAUUAAUUGAAACCUUUAUGCUUUUAGCUAAUAAAUCAAUUGCAAAGAUUAUAUUUCAGAAUUUUAAAGCUGCAAGCAUAUUGAGAAGACAUCCUCCACCUAAAAAAGAACAUUUAAAAGAACUAAGUGAAUAUCUACAAUCUAUUGAUGUGUAUGAUUUCAAGUAUGAUACUUCAAAAGAAUUAUCUCACUCUCUUAAUAACAUUAAUUUAAAAAAUGAUCAAAAUUUGUCAAAUAUCUUAAAAGUUUUAGUUACAAAAUGUAUGAAUGAAGCGGUUUUUAUAUCUGGUUAUAAUGUUCAUAAUAAUGAAAUGUUGAAGCAUUAUGGAUUAGCUGCAGAAAUUUAUACUUUUUUUACUUCCCCCAUUAGAAGAUAUGCUGACAUAAUGGUUCAUAGAAUACUGAAUCAUAUUUACAAUAUUGAACCAUUACACAGUAAAUAUUUAGACAUUAUUUAUUUAAAUAAGCAAAUAACUUUAUUAAAUGAAAAACAUAGAAAUGCAAGAUUUGCGUCAAGGGCUUCUGUAGAUUUUUUUUCUUAUCUAUAUAUUAAAAAAAUUGGAAAUCAAAUAACUAAUGCUAUUAUUACAAAUUUAAAAAAAAAUGGCAUACAAAUUUAUGUACCAACCUAUUCUACUGAGGGAAUUUGUUAUUUGAAAAAAAAAGAUGGUUUUAUAUUUGAAGAAAAAAAAAAAAGAUUCAAAAAAGUGGAUGAAAAUUCAAAAGAAAUUUUCUAUCUUAAUUUUUAUGACCAUGUACAAGUUCAUAUGCAAGUAGAUAGUUAUGAUAUUAAGUGCCAAAAUCAAUUUAUCUUUAUUAAAAAGCUGUAA